UAAGCCUCACGUAUCAAAAUAUAUUUUUAUAUUUUUUAUAUUGACUAAAUUCGACACUCAUUGCCUCCCAUACAAAAACUAUUCACUUGCUUAAUAAUAAGAUAUUUGCUGAACGUGGACAGAUUUUGGGCGGAGUAAACCCUCUCGCUUUGCUUCUUCCUCUCCGAUUUGGAUCAAAUAAGAAGAGGCGUGAACGUCGGGUGGCUUUGCUGUUGAACAGUCAGGUCAUGUCGGUAAAGAUGGAAAUGGAUGUCAGUGGCGUGUCCAGGGCACCCAUCUCUGUUCUACCUGCUGCUGCAGAGGUCAAAGCCAUGCUGAAACCCGAUACGGGGGACAGGCCCCGCUGUGCCAGCACCCCCUGCUCCCCCAUCAAAAGUACUGUUACAGGCUUCCAGAUCCUCCACAUGGACUCCAACUACCUAGUCGGGUUCACCACCGGCGAGGAGCUGCUAAAACUAGCCCACAAGUGGUCUCCCAACCCAGAGAAGACCCUUAUCACAACACCGACCACCACAACGUCAACAGCAUCGGAGGCCUUGCCCAGUUCUGUCCCCAAACCCAUGGACCUGGGCAUCCACCGGGCGUCACGCAUCUACAAAGCCAAAAGCCGCUACUACCAGCCAUAUGACAUCCCUGUGGCCAACGGGCGCCGGCGGAGGCGCAUGCCCAGCUCAGGUGACCCCUACCUCAGGCCCCUGUCCCAGGGGGAGGGUGGCCCAGGGAGGGCACUUCACCACGGCCCCCUGCCCCUCUGCCUUCUCAAGGGGAAGAGGGCCCAGUCCAAGUCCCUGGACUACCUCAACCUGGACAAAAUGAGUGUGAAGGAGCCCCCGGCCGACACAGAGGUGCUGCAGUACCAGCUCCAGCACCUGACGCUGCGGAGCGAGCGCAUGUUCACCAGGAACAAGACAUGAAGCAACACCAGAGUCACCGCCCGCCUGUUCUCUCAUCCACUCCCAUGGGAUUUGGGUGCUAUUUCCGGCUGUGCAUUUCUCUCCCUACUCAGAUCAUAGGCAAGUCCUUUAAGCGGACACUCGCGGAGACCACUAAUGUUGUUAUUAUUAUGAAGCGAGGGUGACAAACUAAGCGGGUCUCUUGACGAAAUGAGACGCAUGCUAACGUAUACGUAAAAAUCCAGUGAACACAAAUUGUUAAGUUAGUACACUGAAAACGGGGGUCGUUUAGAUACAAAAAUGUGAAGUUCGUCAGGAUUAGCAAUAACUGGUAAACGUAUUUAUUGACGAGUGUCUGUGUGUGUGUGUGUGUGUGUGUGUGUGUGUGUGUGUGUGUGUGUGUGUGUGUGUGUGUGUGUGUGUGUG